UACUGGAUACACCGAAUAUACCGAAUAUAUCGGAUGGAUCGAAUGUACUGAAUCUACCGAAAAUAUAUCGAUAAUAUUGAACAAAAAUCGAUUGAAUAUCGAAACUGAAGAUAUUCAGGAUAUUAUUAAAGCUAAAAAUUCAAUGAAGCGAGCAUCAGAAGCCAUGGAUAACAAGUACAAAAUAUCAUCACGACGGGUAUAUCAAAUAUGGAGAGGAGUCCAUCCACAAAUAGAUCCUAAAGACAUAAAUCGUUUUUUGGAAGAACCUGAUUCGCCUCAGCAAGCAGACCCUGUGGAAUGUAAUGUUAUUUCUGGAAGUAAGCUUCAAUAA